CUAACCUCCUACUUGAAACUUGAAAGAUAAAUAAUCCAAAGACGAUUUUGCCCUCCCUAACCAGUUCCUUCUCAACUUAAUAAUAGAGUGUGUGAGACGGACAAGAAGAUCUCCGCCGUUUUUGUUCCUGGUUUCUCUUCACGGUUUCCGCCGAUCUACGCCAAUCAUGUCUUCCUCUACUUUGGUUAUCCCUAACGGCGACGCCACUAUCAGGCAGCCUGCUCCGGCGCCGAGCCCCGGCCGUUUUGCUGAAGUCUAUAGCGAAGUUCAGACACACCGUCUGAAGCAUUCUCUGCCUCUUCCUUCUGUCCUUAAAAGCCCUUUUAAGAUUGUCGAAGGUCCUCCAAGCACCGCUGCUGGAAACCCAGAUGAGAUCGCUAAGCUUUUCCCCAACGUAUUUGGGCAACCUUCUUCAAUGCUGGUCCCUAGCGAUUCGGCGGCACUGGCAUCAAAUGAAAAGUUGAAGAUUGGUGUCGUGCUUUCUGGUGGCCAAGCUCCUGGAGGACAUAAUGUUAUUUCUGGAAUUUUUGAUUACUUGCAGGAUCGUGUGAAAGGUAGCACACUAUAUGGAUUCAAGGGAGGUCCUGCUGGGAUCAUGAGGUGCAAGUUUGUGGAACUGACCCCGGACUACAUCUAUCCCUACAGAAAUCAGGGUGGGUUUGAUAUGAUACGCAGUGGAAGGGACAAGAUUGAAACUCCGGAACAGUUUAAGCAAGCUGAAGAAACAGUAUUAAAGCUUGAUUUGGAUGGGCUUGUUGUUAUUGGUGGAGAUGACUCAAAUACAAAUGCUUGUCUCCUUGCUGAAAACUUUAGGGCAAAGAAUAUGAAAACUCGGGUGCUUGGAUGUCCAAAGACAAUUGAUGGUGACCUGAAGUGCAAGGAGGUUCCUGCAAGUUUUGGGUUUGAUACUGCAUGCAAGAUUUAUGCAGAAAUGAUAGGAAAUGUGAUGACAGAUGCCCGUUCAACUGGAAAAUACUAUCAUUUUGUGAGGCUUAUGGGGCGUGCAGCUUCUCACAUCACAUUGGAGUGUGCUUUGCAGACUCACCCAAACAUCACCAUUAUUGGUGAAGAGGUUGCUGCCAAGAAGCAGACGUUAAAAAAUGUUACGGAUUACAUUACAGAUAUAAUAUGCAGACGUGCUGAACUUGGUUACAACUAUGGUGUUAUACUUGUACCAGAAGGCUUAAUUGAUUUCAUUCCUGAGGUACAACAACUUAUUGCAGAGCUGAAUGAAAUUUUAGCUCAUGAUGUUGUUGAUGAAGGUGGGCUGUGGAAGAAGAAUCUCCAACAUCAGUCUCAGUUGCUUUUUGAAUUUUUACCUAGAGCAAUUCAAGAGCAAUUAUUGCUUGAAAGAGAUCCCCAUGGAAAUGUUCAGGUGGCCAAAAUUGAAACGGAAAAAAUGCUCAUUCAAAUGGUUGAAACUGAGCUGGAGAAAAGGAAGCAGGAGGGCACAUAUAAAGGCGAGUUCAAAGGGCAGUCCCACUUUUUCGGUUAUGAAGGAAGAUGUGGUUUGCCAACAAACUUUGAUUCUACCUACUGCUAUGCUCUUGGUUAUGGUGCUGCUGCCCUCCUCCAUUUUGGAAAGACUGGGCUCAUAUCCUCAGUUGGUAAUUUGGCUGCUCCAGUUGAAGAAUGGACUGUUGGUGGAACUGCAUUGACAUCAUUAAUGGAUGUAGAGAGGAGACAUGGUAAAUUCAAGCCAGUGAUAAAGAAGGCAAUGGUGGAGCUUGAUGGCGCACCAUUCAGAAAGUUCGCGUCCAUGAGGGAAGAGUGGGCCUACAAAAACAGAUACAUCAGUCCAGGUCCCGUUCAGUUUAUUGGUCCACAUUCUGAUGACAUCAAUCACACUCUGCUGCUGGAGCUUGGAGCUCAGGCUUAGGAAUAAUUUAUGGGACAAUGAUCUACAAUUUUAUAUAAGAUUAUAAAGAAUUAAUAAGUACCUUUGUGGGUUUACAUGCAGCUGGAGGGCGAAUGAACCUCUGCCUUCAAAACUUGGCAAAAUUGCUUCUUGAAUGAAGCAGGGGUCAAAGUUUAUAUUAUUUGAGUGCCAAUUUAGACUUCAUUUUUGUAACAUUAGUUAGACUGCUAAUUUUCAUCGUGGAGUGAGCAAUUUUGAUGGGGUAUGUUGGUGUUCGAUUUAAUAAACUGCAUAUUAUCUUGUCUUUUC